GGUUUAGAUGCUUUCUCAUCCAAAGGCUUUUCGCCCACACAUUUUCGGAUUUUCUGCUGUUUUCCCUCAGUUUUCUGCCAUCAGUUUAAGAAUACACCAGAAAAUACUGCACUGCACGACUAAGCUAAUACUGUUAUAGCUUUGGUGCAUUUGUGAAGGGAUACGAAGGCAGGAAUACGAUACGGUGGGCUUUUUUUGCCGUCGGUCGCUGCACCCCUCCCCCUCGUCUCCUGUCAUCAUCACCUGACUAGUGGUCAUCCGGACAGUGUGCAGGUGUUGGUCAGUUCGUGGACCAUUGACGGACUUUUCCUUCAGAUCGCCGCUCCACUAACGGGCAAGAUGAGUUUAUACUUGUACGGCGGUUACUCUGGGACGGUUUUCUUCAUCCUCAUACUUGUGGGUGUGUACUACGCGCUGUCAGGACAGGGGUACAGGUUUGACUUUGGCUGGUUCCUGACGGAGACGUCCCCCUACAUGUGGGCUAACCUGGGUGUGGGCCUGACCAUCUCCCUCUCCGUGGUGGGGGCAGCCUGGGGGAUCCUCACCACAGGGAGCAGCAUCAUUGGUGGAGGAGUGAAGGCCCCCCGCAUCCGUACCAAGAACCUCAUCAGCAUCAUCUUCUGCGAGGCUGUGGCCAUCUACGGCAUCAUCAUGGCCAUCGUCAUGCUGCAGAUCAUCGAGCCGUACGACGCCGAAAUCGCCGGGAGGGAAGUCCGCAAGGCAAACUACAUGGCAGGGUUCUCGUUGUUUGGAGCAGGUCUGACUGUGGGCAUGUGUAACCUGGUGUGUGGCAUCUGUGUGGGGAUCGUGGGCAGUGGGGCUGCUCUAGCUGACGCACAGAACGCCAGUCUGUUUGUCAAGAUCCUGAUUGUGGAGAUCUUUGCCAGUGUGAUUGGCCUGUUUGGUGUGAUCAUCGGGAUCAUCCAGACGUCAAGAGUCAGCAUGGGCAACAAGGCUUAGAUGGGACAGCUUACUUUGUAGCCUGGUGGUAUGGGGGAAAUAAAGACUCCAAAGCUAUAAAGAAAAG